AUGGGGUCAAAAUAGCCCAAAAAAAUAAAAUAAAGAUGAAAGCCGGCUAGCCGGUAGCUGAAGUAGGGUAUUCCCAUUUAUUCAAAUAUCGAUAAAUUAUGAGAUCUAAUGAUGUAAUAUAAUCCUCUGAACUUGUAUGAGAUGAAUUUAAUCCGAAAGAUUCUCGAACAAUAAUUUAGGAUUCCUUAAGAUCUUUUGGGGAAAAUUCGUUUAAUUUCGUAAAUUUUCUGAUAACGCAUAUGUUAAAUAGAUAAACACAUCAAAAUCUAAUUUGUACAACUUAAUGUAAAAUAGCUUAAACCCAAAUGUAGUUUUAAUUCACCUCAAAUAGACCGUCAAACUCAACCUUACCCAAAUGCAAGUAUAAAUUCUGUAAAAUACUAAAUGAAGUAAACCUAAUUCUAUGUCAUUAAAUCACAAUAAAAUGAAUAGGAUGAAGCUUUUAACAAAAAUGUUUUCUAAAAAUUUCAGUUAAAGUUUAUAUAUCAAAGAUCAUUAAUUAGUCGCAGUAUCAAUUGAGAACUAAUCAAAAUAAAGAAAAGUCGCCAGUAAAAUUGGAGGAAAACAGGGUAAAAGAAAAUGAAAUGGUAUAAAGUUCCAUGGCAUAGCAGAGGGUCGAAACCAAGCGAGGUUCUAAAGCUGGUUGUUUACCCACUUUGUACAUCACUAUUGACAUGUUGCCUAUCACUGAACGUAUUAAUAUAUGUUCUGGUAAACUCUCGCAAGUUCUCAGACUUUGUGAUCGGCCUGUGCUAUUGCUCAAGCAUAGUUUCUUCUGCCUCUUUCAUCUUAUACGUACUCGCCAUCGUUUACUGCAAUUACAUAUUCGUCAUAAUGCCAACGUUACUGCAGUUUAUACUAACUGUGUCGUCUAUAAGCGUUUUGGUCAACUUUUGGUGCAUGAGUUUCUCGUCAAAAAGAUCCCUGGUGUUUAACAUAGUUAAGUACGUUUUUUCCUUUUUCUGCACUCUGAUGGUUAUAAUCCAAUUUCGCCUGGCUCUGGUUUCAGUGGCCCUAGGGAAGGCGAUGUACGAAAGAGGUAACUCCUGGGAUCUAGAUGAUCUGGAAUCAGUUGAUCAGUACUUCAAAACACACUCAAUUACUAUUGUUUAAUUUCAUUUUUAUUUUUUUAUUACUCAAAUAGAGGGAUUGAUAAUAUUCACAACAUAAUACAUGAGAUGUAUUCACACUUGGCGCUUUUGGGAAUAAAUCGUGAUAAAUUUGUUCAACAACCAUAAAUUUAAUUUUAAUUGUU